AUGAGGGUAUGGGCUGUGAGCGAUGUACACACGGACUACAAGGAUAACAUGGCAUGGGCGGAGCAGCUUUGCAGCUCGCGCGAGACCCGGGAGGAUACCCUAAUCGUGGCAGGGGAUGUGUCCGACGACCUGCCCACCUUCCGACGCACCAUGGAGCUGCUCACCCGCGCCUACGCCCACGUCUUCUUCGUCCCUGGCAACCACGACCUGUGGUGCCGCAAGGCGGAGCGGGACAUCCGGGACUCCCUGGGCAAGCUGGCCCUGCUGGAGGGCGCCUGCGCCGAGCUGGGGGUUUACACCCAGCCUGCCUGCGUGGGCGGGGUCUGGGUGGUGCCGCUCCUGUCCUGGUACCACGCCUCCUGGGACCGGGAGCCGGACCUGCCGGGCGCCACGCCCAUCGAAAAGGUGACUACGAUCAUGAUGGACUUCCAUGCCUGCACGUGGUCCUCGGUGCCUGGUCUGACCCCGGCCGACGACUCCAUCGCGUGGCACAUGGACUCGCUCAACGACCCCGGCACGGCGCGCGUGCUGGCGGCGCUGGACGCGGCGGAGGCCGUGUCCGGCGUGCGGCCCCCGCUCAUCACCUUCUCCCACUUCCUACCGGACCAGCGCCUGCUGCCAGAGAAGCGCAUGCUGCACCACCCCAACCUGGCCAAGGCGGUGGGCAGCGACCCCCUGGCCGCGCGCAUCGCACGCCUGCGCCCCGCCGCCCACGUCUUUGGCCACACCCACUUCAGCUGGGACGCUGAGCUGGACGGCGUGCGCUACGUGCAGUGGCCCUUGGGGUACCCGGCCGAGCAGCGGCGCCGCGGCCGCCCCGCAGCCGACUGGCGCCCCAUGCUCGUCUACGACGGCGCGCGCGGGGAGCUCACCUCCCCACGCGCAUGCUACUGGUCCAGCCACUACGCGGCCGUGCGGCGCACGCCCUGGGAUCUCACGCCCGCACCCUGGGUCGCCGCCUGA